GCAAAAUCUGAUAGGCCGAAUAACUCUAGACCAGCUUGCUUGGGUUUUUAUUAACUUUUCUUUGCGGCUCAAAUUGGUAAGAUAGGAUUUGUCAUUGAAAUAUAAACCGUCGCAUCGUGUGGUAUGGCAUCUCUGACAAACACGUUACUCGACUCCUUUCUUCACCCGCCACAUUUCGUCAGAGCUCCACGUGACGAAAGCUUGGCAAGACACCGUCGUACUAGGGGAAACAGAGAUGCUUAAUUAAAGCUUUAGACCAUCUCCAAUGGCUUACUCUAUUUUUUAUUCUAAAAUAGAGUAACUCUAUAAUAGAGUUUGAAUUUGCUCCUAUGCUAUUCUAUUUUAAAGUAGAAAAAAGAAUGAUGAACAAAAAAAAACAAAUUACUCUAUAUUUGGAGUAAACCUAUUUUUCACUCUAUUAUAGAGUGAGAAAUAGAAUACUAUUAGAGCAUUUCUUACUCUAAACUCUAUUUUAGAAUAAAAAAUAGAGUGGAGUUGGAGAUGCUCUUAGGCUUUAGCCCUGACGUGAUAAAAUUCGAUAACUCCAUUUUUUUUUUUUUUUUGAAGAACUUUUACUAACUCCACCUUUUAUAACCUUUCUUUAUUCAAAAUGCACCACGUAGUACAUAAUGUACAUUACUCGUGUCAGUCCCCUAGUAUUAACUAUUACGUAAAGAGUUCUUUAAACUUAUAAUCUUCUUGUAAGAAGUAGAAACUACUUCCUCUCUAUAAAUUCAAAGGCUUCAAAAAAACCUCAGAAAGGUGAGAAAUGAUCUACGUGUUUAAGACUAUCCGACCACUAUCUUCAACAACUGUCUCUUUCUUGUCACCUCGGUGUAGAACUGGCAACAACGUUACCGGACUUAGUUUUGCGACCGCUUCUGACCAGCAAAAGAUGGAUAAGAAGCCUGAAAAUCCAAACGAGAAAACCGGGGACGUGAUCAUGUCGCAUUCGUUUGGAGAAGGGUACGCAACGAGGUCUGAUGAAGAAGGGUUUGGAGGAACCUAUGGAGGAAAUCAAACUUUCCAAAAGGACAACAAUGAUAAGGUCCAUGAGAACCCCCCUGAUUACGACACAACUCAAGGUAGCGAAGCCAAGGAGGAGGAGAAAGUUAGGAACCAGACGUAAACAAUUUUCGUUUUGCUUUUCUAUUUAAUUUUAUAAUAAAUAAAAUCAAACUUGUGCUAUGUAGAUUCUUGCUCAAGCUUUCUAUUGUGUUUUUGGACCCGGUAAUUUUGGUUUUUAUUUUUAUUUUUGUUACCAUCAUCACUGAGUUAUAUCAGUAAGACUAGGACACUUGUUUAUCCA